AUGGCGUGCCUGGGUUUCCUCCUCCUCCUUCUCGCCAGCGCAGUGGCCCGGGCGGAGUAUGGCGUGGCCCACGUGGUGUCCCAGAACUGGAGCAAGGACUACUGCGUGCUCUUCAGCUCAGACUAUGUCACCCUGCCCCGGGACCUGCGCCACGCCCCACUCCUGCCGCUGUACGAUGGCACCUCGGCAUCCUGGUGCCCUGGCGAGGACGACUCCCACCAGGCCCCGCCCAGCUCCCCCGGCCGGCAGCCUCUACACCGGACCACCGCCCUAGUCAUGAGGGGCAACUGCAGCUUCUACGCUAAGGGCUGGCUGGCGCAGGGCCGAGGCGCCCACGGGCUGCUCAUCGUGAGUCGGGUCAGCGGCCAGCAGUGCUCAGACACCACCCUGGUGUCCCAGGACCCCCGAAAGCCCCUGCCAGACCUCACCAUCCCCGUGGCCAUGCUCCGAUACACCGACCUGCUGGACAUCCUCAGCCACACCCACGGCGGCGCCAUGGUCCGCGUGGCCUUGUAUGCACCUCAAGAGCCCGUCCUCGACUACAACAUGGUGGUCAUCUUCAUCCUGGCCAUAGGCACCGUGGCCGCGGGCGGCUACUGGGCCGGCCUGACUGAGGCUGACCAGCUUCAGCGGCGCCGGGCCCGAGGAGGAGGGGGGCCUGGAGGUCACAAUCAACAGGAAGCAGUGGCAGCCCAGGGGGGACCAGAGGGAAAAGAUGAGGACACAGCCGUGGACUUCACACCGGCCAUGACGGGAGCAGUGGUCACCAUGUCCUGCUGCAUCAUGCUGCUGCUGUACUUCUUCUAUGACUGCUUCGUCUACGUCAUGAUCGCCAUCUUCGGCCUGGGGGCGGGCACCGGCCUCUACAGCUGCCUGGCCCCCCUGGUGCACUGCCUGCCCCUGCAGCAAUACCAGUGGCCGCUGCCUGGCCGCCGGGCCUGUCUGCCACUGCCCCUGCUGCUGCUGGCCGGCCUGUGCACGGCGGUGACCGUCCUCUGGGUUGUCUACCGCAACGAGGACCGCUGGGCUUGGCUCCUGCAGGACGUGCUGGGCAUGGCCUACUGCCUUUUCGUGCUGCAGCGUGUGCGGCUGCCCAAACUCAAGAACUGCACCUCCUUCCUGCUAGCCCUGCUGGCCUUCGAUGUGUUCUUCGUCUUCAUCACGCCCCUCCUCACCAGGACUGGCGAGAGCAUCAUGGUGGAGGUGGCCUCGGGCCCGGCAGACUCCUCGAGCCACGAGAGGCUGCCCAUGGUGCUCAGAGUGCCCCGGUUGAGCUUCUCGGCCUUGACCCUGUGUGACCAGCCCUUCACCAUCCUCGGCUUCGGUGACAUCGUGGUCCCAGGCUUCUUGGUUGCCUACUGUCAUCGCUUCGAUGUACAGAUGCACUCACGCCAGGUCUACUUCAUGGCCUGCACCACGGCAUACGCUGUGGGUCUGCUGGUCACUUUUGCCGCCAUGGUCCUCAUGCAGAUGGGCCAGCCCGCCCUGCUCUACCUGGUGUCCAGCACCCUGCUCACCAGCCUGGCCGUGGCCGCCUGCCGCCAAGAGCUCACCCUUUUCUGGACUGGCCAGGGCAGAGCCAAGACACCCGCCCAGCCCGUGGCAGGGCUCUGUGGCACCCAUCCAGUUGGCUCCAGGAAGAAGUGGGAGGGCACAGCCGACAUCUACACAGCCAGCGAGCCUGAGGGGGCCACCAACCACUUGGCAGGGGACUUAGACAGCAACUUCAGGGAAGACACUGCCAGGAUCGUCACCAUAGCUGAGGAUGGAGCCACCAGCCUGGUUGGCUACAGUGACAGCUCUGAGGGCUGGAGUGAUGCCAUCCUAGCCCCCCAGGAGCUGCCCUGGGGCUCCCCAAGGGCCUUAGAGGAGCCAAUGCCACUGAGGCCACCGAGGCCAUCCCCUUCAAAGCCCGGCCAGGCCCAGGCCCAGGCCACUGGCCUGCUCUGGACGGGACUGCACAAAAGGAUAGGCGUGAAGGUAGAGAACAGCAUGUCGACCCAGGCUCCCUCGUGA